CUACAUGGGAGUUCAGCGACAUAGCCAUUACGCUAACUGUUGGUCCCCCACACUUGAUCUUAUUUCAUCCUCACAACUAGUGAGGCAGAGAGCAGUCAUCACACACACUUUACAGAUGAGGAUAGCAAGAAGCAACUGCCCGGGUGACCUACCCAAGGUUAGGGCAAGAACCUAGAACCCGGGUCCUGGUCCAGUGCUCUUCUAACCCCAUCCCAUUGUCAUAUCAAGGUUCUAGAAGGAACAGGCCAAUGCUGUGAGGUGGGUUCCGGGUGCAAAGGGGAGGGACUGUGAGGUAAUGUUCUAGAAGGGUGCAGAGAGUGGGACAGGAGGCAGAUGACUAUUUCCUCACAAACAGGGGCUUUGGGGCAGCCAUGUCCUACUUCAUGUCUCCACAAACUCAUCCGGGUCUUCUGACUUCUGGCCAAGGUGGGGCUGCUUCUCCGGGAUCAUCCCUGGGCCUCUAUAGCCAUGUAGAGCCAGUGGUGGUGGCCUCUGGUGGACUAGGCCCACUGCGCCAGAAAGCUGAGCAGGUGAUGCCUGCUGCCCAGACGUGGGGCCCAGUCCUGGCAGUACCGGAAGCCAGGGGUUGCCCUGGGGGUGCUGGCUGGGAGACACCACGGAGGAAGGAGUACAGCAGAUACUGCCACAAACUGCCCCCAGUGAGGCAGCUGGAGAGUUUGGGCUGGGAAGAUGGCUGUUCCAGAAGCAGAGCUCUACACCUGGGUGGUCCCAGCAGGCCUGGGCCCCUGCUGCUGUGUGGGCUGUCACCAGGGAUUCUGCCCAUACCCUCUGAGGCAGGGGGAAAGGAGGCCGGCUCUCAGCCUGACAUCUGCAUCCUUACCCUGGCCAUGAUGAUUGCUGGCAUCCCCACUGUGCCCGUCCCAGGCCUGCGGGAAGAGGAUCUGAUCCGGGCAGCUCAAGCUUUCGUGAUGGCCCACCCAGAGCCAGAGGGAGCCGUGGAGGGGGCACAGUGGGAGCAGAUGCAUGCCCACACAGCCUCUGGGCAGAUGACCCUAGUGAGAUCCAGGAGGGGCCAGCAUCCUGGCUCUUGCUUGUAGCUGGAUGAAAUAGCACCAGACAUAUAGGGUGGCUUCUCUGUAUGGUUUUUGGGUUGACAGGGUGGGGAGGGGUGGGCAGGGAUGGGGAGAAUGUGGGUGGCUGAGCCACUCUUGACGGAGUCCAGUCCUCUACUGGGGCGCCAGGCCCCAGGAAGUCACUCCAGAUACCACUAAGCCAGGGGAUAGGUCUUGUCAUAGAAACGAUUAAAAUGACCUGAGAGGGGCCAGCAGAUGGCAUGCAGGUUAAGGUGGCUGGAUCCAACAUGACCGACUGUGGUUGGAGU